ACAAACGAGCCCUGUGAAGCAGCGGUGAGCACUGGCUGGCUGCAGUACAGAGAUGUGAAGAAAUAUUUCCCAUGCCACUAAAUCGGUGUCUGGACAGGUCAGGUGAUGAAUAGCCAGAGAGUGGCUGACCACUUACUCACAGUGCUCCAGUGGUCAUAACAUGGCACCCAUCAUGGAGGGCACACACACUGUGUUGCUGCUUUAUGCACCCAUCCGUGAACUAAGCAACAUCAGCCUGUAUUUUCCCAAGAGGCUGGCCCCUAGCUUCAAGUACAAGAGCCGCGCCUCUCAUUCGGGAAGGGCCUGUAAUGACCAUGACCGGGCUAAGGAGGAUCUUGCAGUGUCCGAACAAAGAGGCCUGUCUUUCAGUUCCUCAGGCGAACUCCUCAUCUGCCAGCAGGCUACAAAGGAGGCGGUUUCAGAGCUCUGCUGGCUGGCGGCAGAGCACCAUCAGUUGCUGGCAGAUUUCUUAUCGCUGUGUAGGGAUUGUGCCGUCAAAGUCAGAAUGGGUAACAAGGAUGGGAAACUCCAGGAUUACAUGGAGGGUCAGGAAGUUAACCUCGGCAACAGCAACUACUCUCUGACCGUGUCUCCAGAGCACAAGAGAGCCACAUCCAAGAGCAAAAAGAUGAAGAAGUUGGGAGGCAAGGAGCUUGACCCCACAGAGGGUUUCCAACACAAUAAGAUGAAGAAGAAAGUUUCAAGUGGAAGUUCAUCUAAACAGCUUGGUGCUCGCAAAAGUGGGUCCAUAUCUUCAACCUCAGUGAUGCAGCAGAUCUCAGGUACCCCGACCUCAAGCCAUGUCACUGACAGCCCUGUCACCGGCUCUUAUGUCAGUGCGGUGAGUAACCCCAUCCUGCCCAUGGAGGAACCCUUCCAGAUUGCUCGUGAGGUUUGGGACUUUAUGGAAGACAACCGGACAUAUGACCCCGACAUUGAUUUCUGCAAUGACUUCUCAGAGUACGACGGUGAGCUGGGUUAUGAGUCGUCCUUCUGCAGCCUGAUGGAGGGUCUAACCCGGCGGGAAAGCGGCAGCAACCUCAGACCAAUAAGAGGGUCUGAUGCCUCGGGUAAGCCAUUAUCUGAGAAUUCACUGACAGUCAAGUUCCCUCAGCAGCCGUAUGGUGAAAGCAACCAGAGUAACGCUGGGCAGAGGGUUGUCACCAAAGUGCAGGAUGUGGAAGGGAGAGUGCAACAUAUCGACCAUUCAAACCCAGAUCCGGGGACUAGCAGCUGCCAGCAGGGGUUUGGAGAGUGGAAGGGACCAAACAGGGACCCCCUCCUGGGUCUCAAUAGAGAAAAGAUGGGUUACAAGCUUUCUGAGGGUCUACGGUUGCCCCUUUUCCAUACCACUGAACCUCACCCGCCAGCCAGAUACCACAAAAAAAGCCCCUCUUCACCAUCUCUCGCUGGGGUCUUCAAUAUGUCUUUUCCCGCCUCCAACAGUCUUCACAGCAUGUCCCCAGUACUGUCCCCUCUGUCCUCCAAGCAGGCAAGCCCACAGCUGAACCACCGCAUUGUUAUGCUCUCAGAUAAAGAUGAGGACCAUGAACGAGCCAGCUCCAGCAACACAGAUGAGUCCAAAUUCUUCACAGAGUCCAUUGACAAGAACGGCAACAAUCGAACCUUUACCCGACUGGAUCUGAACCUCACGCGGCAGCCUAGCAACUCCAGGUGGACUUCCUCCAGCAACUCCACAACAACCACAACAGAAGACUCCCUCUUGCGUCAGGAUGACAUUUGGAUGCUGGAUGGCGACGACCCUCAGGAGCCUCUUUCCCGCGUUCCACGCCCUGAUCACCUCGACUUCCUACGCAUCACACCGCCUGAAGAUGACAUCCUGGGGGACACACCCUACUGUCCCAAGCUGGAGUGCACGACAUUCAUUCCUGUGGCAGAUGAGGCAGAUUACCUGGGUGUGGUGUUAGGCGGGGAGUCAAAAAUGGAAAAUGCAAGUAAUAAGUCAGAUGGAGCGGGGCAGCAGAGCGCCGGUUUGCUCAUGAAUGUGUUCAGCAGUUUCUUUGGCCAAGAAAGACCUGCUUCGGAGUCGCCCGUGCUGACAUCUUUCAAGGAGCUGUCAGAUGAGAAUAACCCUCUUCCUGAAGGCGGUCAAACUACUUGCAGUAAGAACAAGCUCCAAGAGAGAGAAGAUAUGCAUCAAGAUAAUGUGACGGCUUCCUCUGGUACAGGGCAGAGAGCUGAGUCAUUGGAAAACUGCAAGGAGUCUGGCGACAAAGUUAAAACAGCAUCAGUGGCUUCGGUUGACCUCGAUCUGGUCCAGGUCACUAUGGUGGAAACAUAUAGUGACAAUGAGGAAAAUGAGGAUGAGGAGGCAGCCUGCAGUAGUAAAUCGGAGAAGCCUGCCAUGACGAAGGAGUCUACCCCACCUGAGGAGGAUAAUAACAAAGUGGAGCAUAAUGAUGAGCUAAGCGAUCCCGCUGAGGCCGAGUACCAAAUGCCUGUGUUUAGAACACACGGAUUAAGGGGAAAAUCCCGCAUAGAAGCUAUGCUUUUUCCAGACAGGUACCCCAGCGGAAAGGACUCUGGGACAGUUACUGUUUCAAAACAGAAAGAAGGCUCUAUGAGUCCCAAAGAGAGCAGAACCACAGUGUCUUCGGACGUAGAAAAAUCAGAUGCUGGAGAUAAAAGUAGAGACGGCGUGGGUGCAGAAGAGGAUAAAGAGUUUGUCGGCGUAGAUUGUUCUCUUCCUGUUCCUGCCAUCAUCGCCGGAAGCCCAGUUUUGCAGGCACCAGGUGAUGCUGCUGCCACAGCCUCUCCUUUAAAAGAGGACUCUAUUUCACAGGAGGAGAAGACCGGUGACAAAAUGGCUAAGGCUGAGGAGGAGACUAAGAAAGAACCUCACUCAAGCAAGGUGUCUCUCUCGGUUUCCUCGAUCCCUAAGGCAUCAGAAGUCUUAGUUCAAUCCUCCUCCAGUUUAAAGGAGCAGUCAGAAUCUGUUGGUGAAAAAACAAAAAAACGUUCCUUGUCAUCCACACCUGAAAAGUCCACAGUUGUCAUCCAGCCAAGGGCCAGUCCUGCCUCACAGCGCACAACUGCUCCAAAAAGCCCAGUAACAAAAAAAACACCACCUCCAGCUUCAUCUAACCCAUCCUCCUCCCCAUCGAGGGGCACAGCACUGUCUUCGCCCCCUUCCUUCCAGAUGCCGGCUCUCUUCAGUGGGCUGCGGGUGCUGAAGAAAGGAGCGGUGGGGGAGGACAGGGAGUCGGUGUCAGAGAUCAAGCAGAGCGAGAAGGAUGCUGACCUGGCCCUGCUCAGCCUGAAGAAGACGGUAAACAAAGCCAAGCUGUUCCCCGAGCAGAAGACCCCCUCUCCAGCCAGAAAACAUGCAGAGCCUAAACCAGUUUUGGACACGAAAAGUACUGUGAUGGGACAGCUCAGCCACCUGCUCAACAGAGACAGCCGCGAAGAGACCAAAAAGCCAGAUGUGCAGCAGGAUGCUAAUCCAGAACGCGGCAGAAAGGAGUCUGAGAAUGGGGAAGAGGUUGUGGAGGAGACGGUUUUAAUCCCAGAAACACCCACCUCUACACCAGAGAAAAAGAAAACCUCAGACCUGGCCUACGAAACCUUUAGGAACAUCUUCGGCCCCAAAGGUGUCAAAAAGGACAAAGUUGACGACGUCGAUCUGGAUGCAGUGAGAAAGAAAAUCAAGAAUGACAAAGAGAAUCUGAGGUCUAUUUUUGAGAGAGCAUCCAAAUCCCCUGGCAAGGAACUCAGCAUUCCCACAGAGGCUAUUACGGAGGUCACGUCCCCUACAGACAGCGAGGACCGAACACCAGGGCGUCUACAGAAUGUGUGGCCCCCACCCAAAACUAAAGAGGAGGAAGAGAAGGUGGGCCUCAAAUACACCGAGGCAGAGCACCAGGCUGCCCUCUUGCAGCUGAAGAGAGAGUGCAAGGACGAUCUGGAGAGGAUGCAUUCCGACUUUGAGCUCAAAAUGUUCCAACUGCGAGGAGAGCACGCUGUCUCCAUGUCACAGCUGGAACUAGAGAUCUCUAAGAUGCAGAGAGACCGGGGGUACAGUGCAGGUUAUUUGAGGGGGGAGGUCCGGGACGCUGCAACGUCCACCACAGAUGACCUGAUAUCCAAGACCUACCGCACCGUCAGCAUCCAGACGGACAGGGAGAGCUUCAUCAGGAGCCCCGAGGGGGAGGGGGGCGUUCAGAGCCCCAACCAGAAUGUGCCAAAGAAACUCAACCUUGACUCCAUGGGUCUGAAUCAAAAACCUGGAGCACAUCCACCCCCGCCCCCGCCACCUCCUCCCCCUCUCCCACCAGGCCUCUCAGGACCACCACCCCUCCUCCUCCUCCUCCCCCUUUACCAGCCACCCCCUCCCCCUCCCGGCCUACCUGGUUUUGGCCCCCCACCACCUCCUCCUCCCCCUCCUGGCCUACCUGGUUCUGGCCCACCUCCUCCUCCACCUCCACCAGGCGGAGGCCCGCCGCCUCCUCCCCCUAUGGGGGGCUUCAGUUUUGUCCCGAAGGUGGAGAAGGCCCCCAGGAAAGUUGCAGUGGAGCCAGCCUGUCCCAUGAAGCCCCUGUACUGGACCAGAAUACAGAUACAGGACAAUAACAACAACACACUGUGGGGUUCUCUGGAGGAACCAAAUCUCGACGCCAAUGAGUUUGAGGAUCUUUUCUCGAAGGCCACGCUGCAGCCAAAGAAGAAACCCCUGUCGGACACCUUUGAGAAGAAAGCCAAAACUAAGAAGAUUAUCAAGCUGCUGGAUGGGAAGCGUUCGCAAGCAGUCGGCAUUCUAAUAUCGAGCCUGCAUCUGGAGAUGAAGGACAUUCAGCAAGCUGUGCUUACUGUGGACAACUCUGUGGUGGAUUUGGAGACCAUAGAGGCUUUAUAUGAAAAUAGGGCCACCAGUGAUGAGUUGGGCAAGAUAACGAAACAUUAUGAGAAUGCAAAGGAAGAUGAAGUCAAACUGCUGGACAAACCCGAACAGUUUCUCUAUGAGCUCUCCCAGAUUCCCGACUUUGAGGGCCGAGCCCACUGCAUCAUCUUCCAGGCAGUUUUCCUCGAUACCAUCUCCUCCAUCCGGCGCAAGGUGGAGAUCGUCUCCAAUGUCAGCAAAGAACUGUUGGAGUGUGACAGCUUGCGGGAAGUGAUGGGUCUUGUUCUGGCCUUUGGGAACUAUAUGAAUGGAGGGAACAGGACCAGAGGUCAGGCUGAUGGCUUCGGACUGGAGAUCCUUCCCAAAUUAAAGGACGUCAAGAGCAGGGACAAUCGGAUGAACCUGGUGGAUUAUGUUGUUUUGUACUACCUGCGUAAUUUUGACAAGAACGCUGGCACAGAUAAGAGUGUGUUCCCUAUGCCUGAGCCUCAGGAUUUCUUCCAGGCUGGUCAGGUUAAAUUUGAAGACCUCACCAAGGACAUGAGGAAGCUGAAAAAAGAUUUGAGUGCUUGUGAAAAGAACGUACAGAAGGUGUGUGCUAACGCGUCGGAAGAAAACCUCCAGCCCUUCAAGGAGAAGAUGGCCGGAUUCGUCUCUGCUGCUCAAACGGAGCAUUCAGCUGAGGAGGAAAGUCUGGAUUUGGCUCAAAGAAGGUAGCAGGACACAUUGAG